AACCGAAGUUUGGAGGCAGACGAGCAGGCGAGAGCUGUGCCCGGGCGCAGAGCAUGAAGGCCGGGCGGGCGCGGGGAGCGGGCGCCCGCCGCCCGGCGCGGGGGUGAGCGAGAGAGAGAGAGCGGAGCGCGUGUGGCCGGCGCCGCUCGGCCGGGAGCUCCCGCGCCCGCGCCCCGCGCCCCGCGCCCGCCGCCGCCGCCGCCGCCGCCCCUGGUGCGAUGGCGCAGAAACCCCGUUGACAAGGCACUGCUUUUUCAUGACGUUGUCAUGGAUGAUGAUGAUGACUCGUGUCUCCUUGAUCUUAUUGGAGACCCACAAGCACUGAACUAUUUUCUGCAUGGACCUAGUAAUAAAUCUAGCAAUGAUGACUUGACUAAUGCAGGAUAUUCUGCAGCCAAUUCAAAUUCAAUUUUCGCCAACUCUAGUAAUGCUGAUCCUAAGUCAUCCCUCAAAGCUGUGAGCAACCAGCUUGGAGAAGGGCCCAGUGAUGGACUGCCACUUUCCAAUAGCCUUCAGUUUCUUGAAGAUGAACUUGAGUCUUCUCCUCUUCCUGAUCUCAGUGAGGACCAACCUUUCGACAUCCUUCAGAAAUCCUUGCAGGAGGCCAAUAUCACUGAGCAGACGCUGGCAGAAGAGGCAUAUUUGGAUGCCAGUAUAGGUUCAAGCCAGCAGUUUGCACAAGCUCAGCUUCAUCCUUCUUCAUCAGCAUCCUAUACUCAGGCUUCUAAUGUUUCUAAUUACUCAGGUCAGACGCUGCAGCCUAUAGGGGUGACUCACGUGCCUGUUGGAGCAUCGUUUGCAAGCAAUACAGUGGGUGUGCAACAUGGAUUUAUGCAACACGUGGGGAUCAGCGUGCCCAGCCAGCAUUUGUCUAAUAGCGGUCAGCUGAGUGGUUCUGGUCAGAUACAGUUAAUUGGGUCAUUUGGUAAUCAACCUUCCAUGAUGACUAUUAACAACCUAGAUGGAUCUCAAAUCAUAUUAAAGGGCAGCGGGCAGCAAGCCCCAUCCAAUGUGAGUGGAGGGCUUCUGGUACAUAGACAGACUCCCAAUGGCAACUCCUUGUUUGGGAACUCGAGUUCCAGUCCAGUAGCACAGCCUGUUACUGUUCCGUUUAACAGCACAAAUUUUCAAACAUCUUUACCUGUGCAUAACAUCAUCAUACAAAGGGGUCUCGCACCAAAUUCCAACAAAGUCCCAAUAAACAUCCAGCCAAAGCCCAUCCAGAUGGGCCAGCAAAAUACGUACAAUGUGAACAAUUUGGGAAUACAGCAGCAUCACGUGCAGCAAGGGAUCUCUUUUGCCUCUGCGAGCUCACCCCAGGGUUCAGUCGUUGGCCCGCACAUGUCUGUGAACAUCGUAAACCAACAGAACACAAGAAAACCAGUCACCCCACAGCCAGUGAGCAGCGCUGCGGGUAGUAUCGUCAUUCACUCUCCCAUGGGCCAGUCUCACACCCCCCAAAGUCAGUUCCUCGUACCUACAAGCCUUUCCGUCAGCUCCAACUCGGUACAUCACGUCCAGACCAUAAAUGGGCAACUUGUUCAGACCCAGUCUUCUCAGCUCAUUUCUGGCCAAGCGGCCUCAGAGCAUGUAAUGUUGAACAGAAACUCCUCCAACAUGCUCAGGACCAACCAGCCAUAUUCCGGGCAGAUGCUGAACAACCAGAACACCGUCCAGCUGGUGUCUGGGCAGACGUUUGCCGCCUCUGGAAGUCCAGUGAUAGUCAAUCAUGCCUCCCCUCAGAUUGUUGGUGGACAGAUGCCCUUGCAACAGGCAUCACCAACGGUCUUACACCUGUCGCCUGGGCAGAGUAGCGUCUCCCAGGGAAGACCCGGCUUCACCACCAUGCUCUCAGUGACAAGCAUGUCAGGACCUAGCCGGUUCCCUGUUAGCUCGUCCAGCACUGUCCAUCCUAGUCUUGGGUCUGCGGUUCAGUCGGGUGCAUCAGGAUCAAACUUUACAGGAGAUCAGCUGACCCAGCCAAACAGGACUCCAGUACCGGUCCGUGUGUCUCAUCGUCUUCCAGCUGCUGCUUCCAAACCUACCAGCACCUUCAGUAACGCACCGGGAGCGGGAACCCAGCAACAGUUCUUCUGUCAGGCUCAGAAGAAAUGUUUGAAUCAGACUUGCCCCAUUUCUGCUUCCAAGACCCCUGAUGGCCUGAGGCAAGCACAGAUUCCUGGCCUCCUGAGCACCGCACUGCCAGGGCAGGAUUCUGGAAGCAAAGUUAUAUCCGCAUCCUUAGGAACCGCACAACCUCAGCAGGAAAACGUAGGAUCCUCUCCUGGCCAGCCAGCUGUGCAGGUGGAUGGUCAUUCGGGAGGACAGAAGAGGCCUGCCGCAAAACAGCUAACUAAAGGGGCUUUCAUCCUCCAGCAGCUGCAGAGGGACCAAGCCCACGCCGUGACGCCCGAUAAAAGUCAGUUCCGGUCUCUCGGUGACGCGGUGCAGAGGCUGCUCUCUCACCACGUGUGCCAGGGCUCCAUGCCCACCGAGGAGGACUUGAGGAAGGUCGACAAUGAAUUUGAAACAGUUGCCACUCAGCUCCUAAAAAGGACCCAAGCUAUGCUUCACAAGUACAGAUGCCUGCUCCUGGAGGAUGCCAUGCGGAUUAAUCCCUCGGCUGAGAUGGUGAUGAUCGACAGAAUGUCCAACCAGGAGGAGAGGGCGUCUCUGUCCUGGGACAAGCGGCUGGCACUUGUGGACCCUGAGGGCUUUCAAGCUGACUUCUGUUGCUCCUUCAAACCCGACGCCGCUGCCUGCGAGCCGCCGUGCGGCCGGACCACCAGCUCGCUCCCUCCGACCAAGGCCGCGAGCAGGGACCGAGCCAAAGCCGGCGGGGCGGAGCCCGCGAACCCCGCCCUCCACCCAGUGCCUAAUCACAUCGUGGUCUCCGCGGAAGGAAACAUUUCUAAGGAGACGGAGUGCCUGGGCCCGCUGCCGGGGGACCGCGCGGGGCAGCCGCGGGCGGCGGAGGGCAAGGCCGGCCGCAGGGACCCCGCCCCGGGCAGCGAGGGCGCCCCCGGUCCCGAGGGGCCCCGGAGAACCGCGGCCAGACCCGAUCCCGGUCCCGAGAGCAAGCUCUCGAGCAUCCUCGGCGACUCUCGCUUGGAGAUGACGUGUAGCAAUUCCUUCCAGGACAAAACUCGCAGGAAUUCGCCCCAGAGCGACGUUUUACACACAGACAUCAUGAAGGGGUCGGGCGAGCCGCAGCCGGACCUCCAGCUCACCAGGAGCCUGGCGACCACGUUCAAGAACCUCCUGGAGCUCAAGAAGGCGGGGCGGCAGGCCCCCCGCGACCCCGCCCGGGGCGGCGCGGAGCUGGACUUCCCCGGCUUCUCCCCCGCCGCCUCGCAGGACAGCUGCCUGGAGAAGUUCGCCCCGGACCACAGCGAAGGCGCCGUGGAAACGGACUCCAUUUUAGAAGCCGCUGUAAAUAGCAUCCUAGAGUGUUAAUCGCAGCUCCCGCCCGCCCGCCAGCUCCAGUCUCUCCCGCAAAAGCGAACGGACGGCCCUGGCUCCAGCCCGCGCGGCCCAUCACCCCUCCUGCUCUCACCCUGUUCUUCCUCAAGAGCAAUACUCGCCGUGGGCCCGGGGAGGUCCGCCAGGGAACAGUCCUUGUUAGAAAGCAGUCUGAUAGGCCUACACAUUGCAAGUGUUCUGAACGCGCUUUUAGUCAGUUUUUUGUUUACUUGUUUUAUUUUCUUAAAAAUACUGUGUAACUCAAUGCGAUCAUAGGACCCUUGGCCCUGGGUAAAAAGAAAAAUCCUGACAAUCAUAAGUCAUUUGAAAAGAACAGACUUAUUAAAGAAAAUCAAACAGGACUGAUAGAAGCUACUUUUUAAAGCAUCCCCCGCUGUAUCUCCAAAUGUUGGCUUUUUGGUUUUGUUGCUGUUGCUGGAGGGGAGACCACAUGGCUCUCCCCUCGCCGCCUCAGCAGUGGCUGCUGGCCGCUGCGGGGGACCCCUCGGCCCUGGGGUGGCCCAGGGGCAGCAGCCGGUGGGAGGGUGCGGGCAUGUGCAGGGCGUCCCUGUUCGUGUUCCGUGCUUUCCCGAGGCUCCUUGAGCUCGGCCGCGGGCCUUCCCAGCACUUCCGAGGGGGGCGCCCAGGCCUGCCCCGUUCCUAGUGCUGCAGCGUGACUCGGAGCCUCGGGCUAGGCAACGGGGACAGAACCGUGAGGUGGCACAGCGCGGGGUGGGGCCGGGGCGCAGCCGGAGGCAUAAACCUGUAUACAUGUAAAAGCACAUAUAUGUUAACUGUGAGAAAAACAGGCGUUUUGCAUUUUAUGAUUGGAUAGAGCCAACAUAGGAUGUACCUUUUUGUUUGUUGCUGGGUUUUGUUUCCUUUAACCUCUCUUUGCACCCUCUCCCACAACAAACAGCCAAGCGUCAAAAGCACUUUCAUUUGAAAACUAUGUUGUAAUUUUUCUGUUUAAACCUUAAGGGGACUUUGGCCUUGUUUAUGCUGCUUGUUGUCUGAGAACAGUAGUCACCCCUGGCAGCAGUCAUUACCAAAACACAGACAAACCAAAGGUAGCCAGCCAGCCCACCACGGAACGAGGAGAUCUGGGACGCGGGAGUCCCACGCAAGAGCCAAAGGACGUGCCCUGUCAUGGCUUGUGUUCGGCCUAUGUUCAUAUUAGUGGACGUGACCUUGCUUUAUUUAUUUAUAUUUCUUUUCAGGGAGCUUUCCCCAUUUCCUUUCUUUUGUGCCUGCCCAGGUCACCCCAUUUCUGUGGUUACUGUCACUCUGGUGUCAUGGUAACAUCAGUUAGGUCCCGUCCCUGGGAAAGCUACAUCAUGGUAUUUGCUGUGCACUGUCACACAGGCGUGAAUGUGCCUGAGUGCUCGGGUCCCCAGGUCGUCGUGCUGACAGUGUGUACACACGCUCCCCUUCGGUGUAUGCACUCUCUCGGUUAUUCUGGUUGUCUCUAUGGCUUCAGAGGUGUGCCCAUGGUGUCCAGCCUGACACAUUGCCAGGGCCUGCUUCUGGCUGUCCGCAGAAUGCGGGUGACUCCCAUUGUCAUCAUGUUGGACAUGUCUUUUCCAGAUUGGCCUGUGAUGGAAAGGAAGGCUUCUGAUUGCUAGAAAACACAGCAACAGAAGAUAACUCCCUGCCCCUUUGUCCCACCAGAGAAACCCUGCGCGACAGCCAGUCUUCAUAAAAGCAGAGCACCUCCUCCCCACGCCCACCCCCGCCAAUGGAAACCGGAAAAUGUGGGCCAUCUGAGGGCUGCCAUGUUUUCCUUGCCUGUGCCAAUGUCCACGCUGCAUAUCCCCCUUUUCCUUUAUUGUAACAUAUUAGGAAGAGAAGUUGCUGUUGCCAGUCGGAACUUUCUGUUUGGGCAGCCCUGGGGUGGCACCCGGCCCUGAACCCCAAGGUUUCACAGGCUCUUCUUCCUUUACGGCUCAUGCUCCCCUAAUUCCUAGCAAGACUUAAAGAUGGUUCCUCCUGAUCAAAUUCUCCUCAUUGUGGAACUUUAUCCCUGGAAGCCUUUGCGAAGGCUGCUAAUGAGUUACAUUAAUUACUGCGAAUCAGUGGAAUUCUUAAAGAGACAAGAUAAGCUCUGUGUACAUUUGUUGCACCUCUUCCCCAUCCUGCCCUGCUACCCAAACCCUAGCUUUUCUAUAUACCACCUUCAAGGGUUUUUAAGCCCUAACACUUGUCUAGCAAAUGGAGAGCCUAAUUUACCAAAAUGAAACUUGUAAAUUUCUGUGUCCUUGUAUGUAAGUUUACUUUUUAUGGAGGGAAGAUUCUAGAUAAUGACAAAUGAAGAUUACGAGAUGUGUUUUACUCCUGUGAUUAGGUUAUGCGCACAUAGGUCAUAACCCGCAUGCCGAGCCCUCUGGUGAAGGGUAAGAGAGCUCAGCCUCAGAUGGCCAACCUCAGUCGUUCAGGUUCAUCGUCUAAGUUUUAGAACUACUUGUACUCAGUAACAAAAAUCAUUUCUUUCUCUCUCUUUUUUUUUCUGUUGUUGUGGAAAAGUGUGAAUUUGUUAUUAAGCAUUUGAUUUUCUGUGUCCUUAAGUACUGCCUAAAGAUAAAGCAAAUUUUAAACCGGCAAUUACGAAAAAAAGAACUAUUUUAGCUCUGAAGAAUUUAGUAGACUUUGUUAGAUUAGGGAGGCCUUACAGACUGACUUGACUUAAAGAGGACGCGUCACUCACUGUCAGUGUGGUGUGGGCUUUAUUUGCUUAAAUACCUUCAUUUGUAUAGUAUGUCUCACUUGAAAUUGCUUUGUAUACAUUUUGUAAAAAUAUUUAUAAAAUGUUUUGUAAAAAAGUAUAACAAAUUGCAGUUUAUUUUGUUAUGUUGGAUAAAUACUGUUAAAAGAAACCAGUCAGUAACUAUAUUGUUAAUCCAUGGUUAGGAAAUGUUUAGUUGGAGAUUACAAAAUGAAACAACCAUUGCAAUACAGCCAAAGAUUUGGGAAAAUG